AUGUCAAGGUUGAGAAAGGUAGACCGAGCCAUUCUAGAUCAGAAUGAACCUAUAGACACAGAGGACCAAGAGCUUUUGAUAACGCAAUUAAGGCAACGAAAUGACGAGAACCUCGCCAUAUAUACUAAGGUCCUAGCACUAUCGGUGGUAGUUGAGCUCCCCAUCCUAGUAUGGCUCACAAGAACAGCAAACCUGAAAAAAGAAAAGCUUUCCUUGACUUUGUUGAUAACACUAAGCAGCAUACUCUCGUUGCUUAAUCUUCUAUACGAUGUGAACGUAUUGGGAGAGCAUGUUCUGCGAAAGCUUCGUUCAAAAGCAUGGGCUCAAGGACUUGCUCAGCCAGUCCGGCUAGCUUUGUCCUAUCACGGAAUGAAUAUCCUCAACCUCAUCCUAUUACUUCAGCUCGGGGCGGCGGCUUGGCAGUCGGGCCUUAAGAGCAUGUAUUGUAUUGUUCCUAUGGGAAACUUGGUGAUGGUUCUUUUAAUGAGAAAGUGGCACACUGAGAUUAAAGGCAACGUCAAGGAACUCGACGGGCUCAGGUACGACUACAAGGGUGUUUAG